UCAUUUCCUGUCAUUGACCUAAAUAGUAAUGGCGCCAUUCAAUUUAUCAUAUAAUUAGAUUGAGAUCUAGAAUCUUUUUUUUUUAAAUCAGUCCAUCAACUGAGAACGAAUAAUCAUGGCUACAUUCUUUGAUCCUGUCUCUGUCGCAAUUGAAACCUUGAAGACUAUCGAAGGAGUCAGCUUGGACAAAAAAGACCCAGUACGUUUCAAGAUCAUGUUACCUACAGACCCAGGGACAUGGGCCAAGGAGUCUUGUUACAAGCUGCGACAUAACAUUCUGAAAUGGAGCAAUCUCUACCAGAAAAAAGUCGUUCGGGCCCAGCGGCAGAUACGAAAAUUAAGAAUGGUCGCCUCCAUCUCACUGCCCACCAUCCAUCCUAAGACUUCCUCCUUACACAGAGUCCACUCCAGCAAAAUGUUCUCUCACAGGACUUCGAAAGCUGUUGAGGAACAGACUGAAGAGUUGGUUGUUGAACUGAACGCUGAUCCAUCUGUCUCAGAUUUGUACUUCGAUGAGGAUCAUCGAGAUGACGAGGAAGAGGAUGAACUGAAAAAAGUUUCCCUUCUCGAAAGGAACCAGCUGAGAUAUUACAAGGCUUGCCAUCUCCUGAAAUGCAUCCCCUACCGACGUGUCAUGAGAACCAUCAACUCGUUUGAAGUAAACCUAAACACAUUGAAGAUGACCAACGCAGAAUACAAAGCUGUUAUGGUGUGUCUGAUGGCCAAUGAUGAGGUCCAAAGGUUGCUGCUGUCGGAGGCCAUCCAGAACGAUGUGCAGAUGAGUUAUCUGACAGAUAUCUUCAUGGAGGAAACACAGAUCACUGACUUGGUUAUAUCGAAUAACAAUCUUCAAGGGAAAAUUUUGGAUCGAUUCUUUGAUCUGAUGAUACAGACGGACAAUCUGGUGUUUCUGGAUAUAUCAGGCAAUAACUUAACAGACCGUGACGCAGCUCUGUUAACUGAUUAUGUUAGGGAGAGUUCGAGUCUAGCCUAUCUGUACAUGAGCAGAAACAAGUUCACCCCAGCUGUAGGUGACGUCUUUGGUAAAAUGAUUGCUGGAAACGCUUCGCUGGUUGAUCUGGACAUCAGCAGAAACUGUAUCCGACUCGAAGGUGCCGAGAAAUUUUUUAGAGGAUUAGCGAAAAACACAAAUCUUGAAAGAUUAGACUUCUCUUGGAACGGUUUGGGUCACACCGGUUUUAAAGUUUUCACCAAUAUGUUAAAGAAAAAUAAAACUUUGGAAUUUGUCAAUCUGUCUGGAACUCGGCUAAAUGGAAAAGAUUUAGAAAAAUUCCCUCCAAUUCUGAAGAAGAACACAAGCCUAGCGAGAAUAGUGUUGGAACACAAUAACAUCCAGAUGUCGGACAUCACCACAUUUUUAACUGAUGUGUACAAACUCAAGUCUACUGGACUGCGCAGAGUGGACUUCGGUCGGUAUCAAACAAUUGAAAAGAAUGCUGCCCCUUUGGUGGACCUUCUGUUUUGGGAGAAGAACAUAGAGAUUCGCUAUGGCUGCGUCAUGAGUCACUCAGAUGAUAAGUACAACAAGUCUGAGGUCCUCACUAAGUACAGAGAAGAUCCUUUAGCUCUUGUGACCAAACUCAAACCUGAAGAACGAAUGCGAUUGGUCAAAUACUUUGGAGGGAUUGAUCUCGAAGCUGCCAUUGAUACUGGCGAAGACAUUCAUCACGAGAGUUUCCUUCAUAAGAUGAGAAACAAUAAAGUGACAUUCAAGGACCUGGCCAAUAGAAUAAUGGAGGUCGGCGGAGAUCCCAACGAUGUUAUUAGGACCAGUCUGGAGAUGUCUCAGGUGGCCGACCCUGAUGCCCGCGUGGUGGCUCGCUACAGCAUAUCGGCCAAUCUUGCCAGACGUCUGUACCUGAAAUCUCGUAUAGCAGCUGAAGAUUGAAAUCUUGCACAGCCCGUGUCUCGUCCAGCACACGUCAGCAGCCAGAGGGCAAGGCAGACAGUGGAGGGGCUUGUGUGGUGACAAGAGAUACCAGACCCAAGGCUGCAGAGUGGAGAGACUUCUUCAGGCCUUGAAAUGAGCAUUGUGUCUCCUUCUUAUUAUGAUCUCAUGUUGUAGAUUCUAAAUCUGGAUGUAUUGUGUGUGUGCGGAUGUUUGUGUGUGUGUGUUUUAUGAUAAAUAUUUUUUUUUAUUUUUAAUGUGCACUCUUUUCAAACUCCCACUUAAAAUAAUUAAAAUAUUGGCUCGCUCGUA